AUGUCAGCCCAUGCAACGGAACCUGAUAAGACCCAGCAUGAACGCACGUCAAUUCCAGCUGGUGGACAACCCGAAGACGGCGCGGAAAAAGUUGAGAAACCCGACGAAAAUGUCGUCGGCGCAUCAAAGCUUGACCCCAAAGCGUGGCAGGAGUAUAUAGGGAUGGUUGAAAAUGACCUGCAGCAAGAGACAAACGAGACGCGUCGACAUAACGCUCAGGUUUGCCUAGACUUUGUCCGAAAGCAUGGCGUUCCUGCUAAAGGUUAUACCUUCACGGUUCACCAUGGGGUGGUCGAAGUCCUGACGAAUGACGAGUCGUUGCACAAGGACUAUGCGAGCCUACGGAAAAUCCAUCCUCUCUCCGAGGCUUACGGGCUUGCUGCCCCGAGAGAAGCCAGGCCGACGGAGCUGGAGUGA